AUGUCGGCCUUUAUCCUCGGCCUUAACAAUAGGAAUUUGGGGUCAGCGAAUAGUCAAGGGGUUGGACCAACCGCGCUUGCACCCACGAUCUGUCGGGCACCGGUUGUCGAGCACAAAUUCAACGAGAGGCGAAGUUCUAGUAAUUUGAGUCAGAGAUCUGUAUUUCAACUUAUCAACAACACAAAGAAGCUCGACCAACAGCCGACGUGUUUGCCGCAAAUCGUCAGCAACCCUACACUCGACCAUACAGAGACUAGGAAUAUAAGUGUUUCUCAUCAAAGACAAGGUGUUUGUUUACCCACAUUUUCUCUCAGCCAUGCACCAUGCCCAAGCGCUAAAAGACGGCAGGAUGAACCGAUAAGAACGAGUAUCGAAAGCACGCUGGUCAAAACAGCCGUGUUAUUAGAAGGAGUACAUAUUGAAAACUCUACAGACUUGAGUCAGUCAUUAUCAUCACAAGAAAGCAGCCUGCCAGCAGAUUUAGUCGAAGAUUCGGGAUUUUGUAGCAGACGCAGCGGCAAUGGAUUAACACCGCCGACUCAGGAAGACGAUAUAGCCAUUAACAACAGCACAGAAGAAUCAAUUGAGACGCCGUCACCGCUUGUCGCGGAACGAUCAUUGGUAAAAGUGACUAGACACAAGUCUCGCUCUAAGAUUAGAUGUUUUAAUCGAAACGGAAAGAAAUCUAGAGCUAGGUCAUCGAGACCAAGAAAAAAGUCUGCCCAGUCAAGAAAGCAUCCGAUUAACUGUCGAACUGUAAUCAAAGCAACGAAUAUUGCUGAGACGCCUCGAGUGGAAAUCAGCGAACUGACGGACACUGACUGUCCCGUAGACGUGUCUAUGUGCCUGGGCGGUCAAGUAGCCGAUAUUAAAAAACCCUCUCCCACAAGAAAAUCAAAAUACGGCAACCAACUACAGAGCAUUCAACAGGCUACUUUGAUUUACGGUCAACAAUUGCCUCGUGUGACGAAAGCGUGUAGUUUCCACGGCGUCAAUGUCUCUGCAAACUCAUUAAUAUUGAAGUCGGGUACAGGUGAAUGGAAACUGGAUGAUUAUCACGUGACUCGGGUGUAUCUGUCUCAAAAACAGUCCGGUGUGAUAAAGGAAUGUGGAAAUGUCUAUCCAUGUGCGCCCCCAGCGACGCCAACUGUAGAGCAACAACAGAAAUAUGAGUAUGUUCCUUGCAUGAGCGAUAUCAGGAGCCAACGAGCGGUGAAGUCACGUCUAACUGAUAUGCAAAUGGUCGAAAAGAAGAAAAAGGAAAAACGCAAAGAAGAGGCAAAACGAGCUGAAAUACAGAAACAGCGAGACAAUAUAGCAGAACAGCGACAGAGACAAAGACUCGAGAUUUACGCACUCAAUAAAGUCAUGACACAAUUCGAAAACGAUAAUUUUCGCAAAUUUUGUGCAAUGCAAUUAAACCAGGAAAAAUCGGGAUGAAAACAUUGCAAUGAAUUCAAGAAUUACUAACGGGAUGGGGCCUACCCCAAAGCAAGGUCGACCGACUGGAAGACGACCCCGUCUGUUGCAAUCCGUACCGCAAAGGAGGGAGCCGACUGUGCGACGCCAACUAAUAGAACGGCAAUCCACCACCGUUCUCACUACACAUAUCAUGAAAGCGCCAAGGAAAACUGCUCAUGACGUAAAAGAACAACAGCGAAAAGAAAUAUAUGCGCUCAACACAAAAAUGAGAGAGUUAGAACACAGAAAUUUCAAGAGAUUUUGCG